AUGAAGACCUGGCUCAAGCGGGACACGGAGACGACCCCUCUGACUCGGCCGAGGCUCACGACUCGCUCGACCUCUUGCGGACCCGCGCGGGACGUAUUAGAACGCUGUGAUGUAUUCAAUACCAUCCUGUUAAUCCGUCAUGAUGUAAUGACUCGGAUAGACACGCCUAUCACUUGGCAAGGCCUUACUGAACCCGCUGCAGCUUUCAACCUAGUCAGACCCCUCACCGAGCGAUACAUCGCCCUAGACAACCUCUCCAUCCUCUACUGCCUCCUCUCGAAUCGCCUUCAAUUCCUACACGACUCUGCGAACCUCCCGAACGCCCGUCUCAACACCUCCCGCGCGGCACUAUGCGAGCUCCUCGCCAUCCGCGUCAUCACGCACUACGCCAAGUCCUCUACGCCCGAUACCCAGCCUGGACCAUCCGUCAACUCCGCCAGCCUGGCCGCGAUCGCCCAAACGUACGGAGCGGACGGGGUGACUCGUCAGCGCCGCCUGAGCUCCUCGGCCCGCUCGGCGGCGGUGACGGGUGUAAGGCAGCGGCGGAUGAGUAUGGCGGAGCCCCCGUCGGCGAGACUGGCCAAAAAGCGGUCGGACGAGUUAACGUUGGCCAAUGUGCUCAUUGCUGGGUUCCGCCCGUUUGCGGGCGCGCCAGAAGAGGUGAAGGAGGAAGAGGAGAUGGAGGGGAGGAGAGAUAUGGGGAGGGCGUGUAAUGCGCUUGAGCUGGCGAUUGUCACAGAGGCGAAGAGAUUCAUUGCUUGUGCGGCUUGUCAGAAAGUGCUGGAGUCGGUCUGGCGUGGUAGGAUCUACUACACCCCCUCUUCAUUCUUCGAUGUAAUCCCAGAUCGGGUGUACAAGCAGAAGGCGAUCACCAUAUACGACAGCCGCAAAGCUCCUCUGCUGGACCACUACCGACUUCGCGUCCCAGUGUAUCGAGCCUUAUUGGAAUUUUCGGCGUUCAUGGUCGUCUUUGCGCUCAUGCUCGUGGUUCAGACGAUGAACCAAACGAACAUAAUGACGUGGUGGGAGGUCGCUCUGAUGGUGUACGCGAGCGGCUGGGCGUUUGAUAGACUACUCACAACGCUCGAGCAUGGCUGGCGCGUCUUUGCUGCUAGUAUCUGGAACGGAGUCGACGUUGGGAUCAUAGCCUUGUUCGGCCUGUACCUCCCGAUCCGGCUCUACGGCUUUUGGCUGAACGACCACGAUGUCAAGGACUUUGCAAUGAGUAUAUUGUCAUGCGAGUCUGCGCUGCUGUUCCCGAGAUUGGCUUUUACGCUGCUGAAGCGGAACGUCCUGGUCAUGUCAUUGCGUGCUAUGAUGGCUCAGUUCGGAGUUUUGAUGCUCGCUGCGGUCUGGAUAUUUGUCGGAUUCUGGCAUGCCCUCUACACGCUAGACGAAGGCAACUACGGAGUCUGGGAGAUUGCCAAGUACAUGACCAACAUCUGGUUCGGUCUUGAUUCUACCGGCUUUGACAUAUCAACCGACUUCCAUCCCCAGCUCGGCCCAAUCAUCUUCUUCAUCUUCGCCUGCCUUGCCAAUACUCUGUUCUUGACCAUAGUGGUUGCAAUCCUCUCGCAUACAUUCGCGGAGCUCAACCAGGAUGCGAAGGCGGAGUAUAUGUUCAGGCACGCUGUGGGGAUUGUGGAGGGGGUCAAGUCGGACGCAUUGUUCUCGUUCCAGCCGCCUUUGAAUAUCGUUGCCCUUUUCUUCUUGGCGCCUGCUAGCUGGACACUCUCCCCUCGAGCCUUCCACCGCCUGCACGUCUUCUUUACCCGCCUGACCAACGCGCCUGUUCUCCUCCUUAUCACCCUCUUUGAGCGCGCGCGCCACUUUCUCGAACUCCGUCCCCACCUCUUCGACACCCUCCAACGCGCCCUGCCCAAACAGAUGCAAAACGUCUCGAUAUUCAUGAGCGGGGCCCACGGUGACGUGUACGCCGUAUUCGACUAUGCACCCGAUACCGUCCUGCUCACCAAGUCCCGGAACGAGGAUGCGGAAUAUGACGAUGACGAUCAGCAAACGGAGGCGGAUGCAGAGAGCGGGUUCUCGAGGUGGCCGACGUACGAUAUCGUCGAGUCUCCGGAUGGGGAUGGCGGGGAUGAGGAUGGGGAUGAGGCGAUAGAGGAUUCGGAUAAUGAGGAAGGGUCGCAAGCGGGGAGUGGGGGACCCUCGUCGCCUACGGUGCCGGAGCCGAGAGGGAGAGGAGGGACGGAUCGGCCAUUCAUCGGGAUGCCGAAAACGAAUACGAUCGGCGCGGACAGUAUUCUCUCUACUUCCCCUUCGACACAUCUUCGCCGGCUCGCUUCGGGCAAGACACCGAAGUUGCACUUUGACGAUACGCGGACAGGCCGCCGAGCCAGCCAAACCCGGGUGGAUACCAGUCCGGCCGGAUCGAACCAGAGCGGCGGGCAGGGGCAAGGGCAAGGAGAGGAGGACCUCCUCACGCUACAGCAGAUGUACCCCGCGGAGCCGGCGAUGCAGAAUACGUCGGCGAGGGCGUCGGGACAUGUAGGCGGAGGGAGGCGGCAGAGUCUGGGGCUGGAGAUGGCAGGACAUGGGAGAGAAGAGGGGGAGCCGCCGGCGUGGGCAAAAGGCCUGGGGGAGAUGUUGAGGAAGAUGGAGGAGAGGCAGGAGAGGAUAGAGGGGAUGCUCAAGAUGGCACCAGGGGAGGGGGAUUGA